CUUGGAUUGUGUUUGGAAGUGAGAUACCAGACCUAAGCGGGGCUGUGAUCUCCAAACCUGAACAGAGGAAGAUGUCACUGAUGGAGAUAGCCUCGGCCUGGACACAAGCGCAGCGCCUUUAAAGUCCAGCCGUGACGCACCCCUGCCAUCCCAUCCCAUCCCUAGAGAGAGAGAGAGAGAGAGAGAGAGAGGGAGAGAGAGAGAGAGGGAGGACUUCAGAGGGGGACCAGAGAGGGUGAGAGCAGGACCGAAACAGAAGGGACAGAGGAGUGGAGGAAGAGAGAAGGACUGAAGUGACCUGCCCUGCCCUGCCCUGCCCCGUCCUGCAGACAUGCUGGCCGGGUGGUCAGCGCGGUCCAGAGCGUCUCCGGUGCGCUGGCUGGUCCAGCUGGAGCUGCUGCUGCUGCUGGUGCAGAGCGUGCGGACGCUGGCCGUGCCGAGCCUGAGCGCGGAGGCCAAGCGGGAGAUCGUGGUGGAGGGGGACCUGGUGAUGGGCGGCCUGUUCCCCGUGCACCACAAGGGCGAGGGCAUGGAGGACUGCGGCCGCAUCAACGCCCAGCGCGGCAUCCAGCGUCUGGAGGCCAUGCUGCUGGCGCUGGACGAGAUCAACCGCGAUGACCACAUCCUGCCCGGCCUCACGCUGGGCGCCCACAUCCUGGACACCUGCUCCAAGGACACCUACGCGCUGGAGCAGUCGCUGGAGUUCGUGCGCGCCUCGCUCACCAAGGUGGACGACAGCGAGUACACCUGCCCCGACGGCUCCUACGCCAUCCACGACGACGUGCCCUUGGCCAUCUCCGGCGUCAUCGGGGGCUCCUACAGCGACGUCUCCAUCCAGGUGGCAAACUUGCUUCGUCUGUUCCAGAUCCCUCAGAUAAGCUACGCCUCAACAAGCGCUAAACUGAGUGACAAAUCCCGGUAUGAUUUCUUUGCUCGCACUGUUCCCCCUGACUUCUACCAGGCCAAAGCCAUGGCGGAGAUCUUACGGUUCUUCAACUGGACCUACGUAUCAACUGUGGCCUCAGAGGGUGACUAUGGUGAGACGGGUAUCGAUGCUUUCCAGCAGGAGGCCCGAGCUCUCCAGAUUUGUAUUGCCAUUUCAGCCAAAGUGAGCCGCUCCAUGGAUCGGUACAGCUACGAGAAUGUGAUUCGCUCUCUGCAGCAAAAGUCCAACGCCAAAGUUGUCAUCCUGUUCACACGCAGUGAGGACGCACGCGAGCUACUGGUGGCUGCCACGCGCAUGAACGUCACCUUCAUCUGGGUGGCGAGUGAUGGAUGGGGCGCUCAAGAGAGCGUGGUUAGAGGUAGCGAGACAGCAGCGAACGGGGCCUUCACUAUUGAGUUGGCAUCUUAUCCCAUCCCCAAGUUUACCGAGUAUUUCACCAACCUUAACCCUUACAACAACACCCGAAAUCCAUGGUUCCGAGAGUUCUGGGAGAACCGCUUUCAGUGCAGCCUGCACAACGUGAGUUGCGCAAAGCACACUCUGAAAGACGGCAAAUUCGAACAAGAGUCUAAGAUCAUGUUUGUAGUGAAUGCGGUCUAUGCCAUGGCACACGCCUUGCAUAACAUGAGACAGGCUGUGUGUCCCAACACCACCAAAGUCUGCAAUGCCAUGAAGCCGGGAAAUGGUCGCAAGUUCUACAAAGACUACAUUCUGAAGACAAAAUUUGAUGCCCCGUUCCGUCCAGCAGACAGGGAUCACGUCGUUCGCUUCGAUGCCUUCGGCGACAGCCUGGGCCGCUACAAGAUCUUCCACUACCACAAGGAGAACGGCAGGUACAGCUACCGCGAGGUGGGCUACUGGGCCCAGAGCCUGAGCCUCAACACCAGCCUGAUCCCGUGGGAGAGCCAGGCGCUGCCCACCUCCCAGUGCAGCGACCCCUGCCGCAAGAACGAGAUCAAGAGCAUGCAGCCGGGCGACGUGUGCUGCUGGAUCUGCAUCCCCUGCCAGCCGUACCAGCACCUGAGCGACGAGUUCACCUGCGCCGACUGCAGCUUCGGCCAGUGGCCCCUGGCCAACCUGACGGGCUGCUACGACCUGCCCGAGGAGUACAUCCGCUGGGAGGACGCCUGGGCGGUGGGGCCGGUCACCAUCUCCUGCCUGGGCAUCCUGAGCACGCUGUUCGUGGUGGGCCUGUUCCUGAAGCACCACGCCACGCCGGUGGUGAAGGCGUCGGGCCGCGAGCUCUCCUACAUCCUGCUGCUGGGCGUGCUGAUGUGCUACGCCAUGACCUUCAUCUACAUCGCCAAGCCGUCGGGGGCCGUGUGCACGCUGCGCCGCCUGGGCCUGGGCACCUCCUUCGCCGUCUGCUACUCGGCGCUGCUGACCAAGACCAACCGCAUCUCGCGCAUCUUCAACGGCGUGACGGGCGGCGGCGCCCAGCGCCCGCGCUUCAUCAGCCCCACCUCGCAGGUGGCCAUCUGCGCCGCGCUCAUCUCCUGCCAGCUGCUGGUGGCGGCGGGCUGGCUGCUCAUCGAGGCGCCCGGCGUGCGCAAGGAGGUGAGCCCCGAGCGGAGGGAUAUCGUCACGCUCAAGUGCAACAGCAAGGACGCCAGCAUGCUGGUGUCGCUCACCUACAACUGCGUGCUCAUCAUCCUGUGCACCGUCUACGCCUUCAAGACGCGCAAGUGCCCCGAGAACUUCAACGAGGCCAAGUUCAUCGGCUUCACCAUGUACACCACCUGCAUCAUCUGGCUGGCCUUCCAGCCCAUCUUCUACGUCACCGCCAGCGACUACAGGGUGCAGACCACCACCAUGUGCAUCUCGGUCAGCCUCAGUGGCUCGGUGGUGCUGGGCUGCCUCUUCGCCCCCAAGGUCCACAUCAUCCUCUUCCAGCCGCAGAAGAACGUCACGACGCUCCGGGUGGCCACCACCCGCUUCAGCGUCACCACCGGACCAGGCUCCAGCUUCUCCCAAGCCUCAGCCUCCAACGUCGUGCCGACCGUGUGCAAUGGCCGAGAGGUGGUGGACUCCACAACAUCCUCACUGUAGAAGCCCAAACCAGGCUCCCCUGCCAGACAUGCUAUACAGAGUUAUUGAAAUGCUAGUCGAGAAUCUGGUGUUACAAGUAUUGAGGCGGUUAGACUGAAGAGCAUCCUGAUUAUGUUGUCCUCAGCGUGCUGUGAGUACAAUGUCCCAAUUCUGUUUUUCUUUCUCUGACUAGUAGAUAUGAUGAAUGAGAUGCCAAUAAAGAUCAGUAUACCCCUUUCUUUUUAUGGAAAAAAGGUCAAUGUUUAUUUGAGACAUUGAGUAAAUUAUAGUAAAUCUGUUCAAUAUACAAUAUACAAGAUGUUUUUAAUGUAGAUUUUGGUGAAACCAGUUUGUGCUUUCUUGUAAUUUAUGUAAAUAAAAAAUGUGUUUUUUAUGAAUAUGAG